AUGCAGAAGAUAUUUGGUGGAGAGGCACGAUUUGACGGAUCGAACAGGCACCACACCUCUGGUGAUGUGCCCCAUGCUGACCACAAUCGCCCAUUGAGCUCCAUCAGCACCAGUGCUGGGCCAACCCCCAGCCCGGAUGGCCGGACAAGUCCAAACUUCACGCCUGUUCCUGAAAACAAGGCAAACCAAGCGCAGCACCGGAAAGUCUUCGUGGGGGGAAUUCCCCAGGACAUGACUCAGGAGGAGCUCCAAAGGGUUGUGAGUCAUGCGGCUGACAACGCACCGGUCAAAAAGGCUUGGCUGCAGAAGUACAGAGAGCAACCAAAGACGAAGUCGCAGACCUCGCACAACCAUCGUGGUUUUGGCUUUGUGAUUUUCCAUGACAGCUCUGCGAUCACUCGCUUGUUGGGCGACAAGGAGCAAAAGUACAUCCCUCUUGAGAAUGGAGGCCGGAUUGAAGUAAAGCGCGCCAUCAGCAGUUCUGACAUGCCCAGCAACGUGGGAAGGCCCCGCGACACUGCACCCCCAGGAGGACGGGGCUACCAGACGAUUGCUGGGCAGAGCAUGGUGGGCAGCUGCCCGCGAGAUGCAGGAAUGGGGGCGCGAGGUCAGGCCUGGCAACCGCCAGCGGUUCAGCAGCCCUGUGUGAUGGGAGCCUCAAAGUGGCCAACGACUGGAGGAGGUGGAGAAGGAAUGCAAGGGAUGCCUAACCAGCAGAUCCAGCCGUUUUUUCACGUGGCACCGCAGCAGCAGAUGGUUUUACAGCCAGUGCAGAAUGUCAUGCCACAACAAGCUCCUUUCAUGCAGCACAUGCCACCUCCAGUGUAUGGGCCUGGAGGUGCUUGCUGGCAGCAAGUACCGAAUUUCGGAACUGCUGGCCACAUCGGGGUCCCCCAGGUCCAAGCCUGGUAUCAGCAGCCUAUGCCGAUGCCAGCCCCGGUGCCAGUGCAGCAUCAACCAAUUGUGGCGCCAUGGCACACAGAGGGGCGCGGGCAGCAUGAAUUGAGCUGA